AUGAUUGAAUCAGAAAAACUACAAAAACUGUAUGAACUAUGGCCAGCACAUGCGAAUCCGUGUUUCUAUCUUGCGUAUUCGUUUGUCAUCUACUGGAUUAUGGAGUACUACCUGAAACCUUCACAUCUGUCCACCAUUGUCUUCCAGUUGUUACCCCAGAAGAACACUUCAUCAACACCGUGUAAGACUGGCGAUGAUAUCAAUUCAAAGAUCACUGAUAAGUGCAUCAUCGAUCAGCCAUCAAGUUUAUUUAUGAAUCGACUGCUCAUUGCAUUCAUCUUCUCUGUGUUCCUGUUCGUUGCAACACUGCACAUGCAACGCAUUGCAGAAAUGCAUUUAUUCGUGAUCUUGAUCAAUUAUGGGAAGAAAGCUCUUGCACGAGACGAAUACAGUGAUGAGAUGAUGCUUGAAGCAAUCUAUCCGAUGAGCAGUGUUUGUGACAUAAUCCCAAGUGUUUUCAUUGUUGGUGCAAAACGAACCGCAUUCGGAACAUAUGGCGGAUCACUGAAGAACUUUACGGCAAUCGAUUUGGCCGAGUUUGCCGGUCGUGCUGUUCUGAAUGAGACAAACACUAAGCCAGAAUGCAUUGAUCAUGUCAUUUUCGGGAAUGUGAUUCAGUCAAGUGUGGAUGCAAUCUAUUUACCGAGACACGUCGGUCUCAGGUUGGGUGUACCGGAAAAUGCACCCGCGUUGGGUGUGAAUCGUAUUUGUGGAUCGGGCUUUCAAGUGAUCGUGAAUGCAGCUGAGCAAAUUCUGCUCGGUGAAUCGAAGUUCGUGUUGGCUGGUGGAACAGAGAAUAUGAGUCAAACGCCAUUUGCGGCUCGUAACAUCCGAUUCGGUACCCAACUCGGAGUCAAAUAUGAGCUCGAAGACACGUUAUGGGCAUGCUUAAACGACCCUCAUAUCAACACUACCAUGGCAAUGACAGCCGAAAACUUAGGUGCAAAAUACGGUGUGAGCAGAGCGGAUGCGGAUCGCUUUGCUUUACGUUCUCAAACGCUUUGGAAAGCAGUUAAGCAGUCAAUGAAGUUUUUUGAACGUGAAUCUGUCAAGGGAAUCAGUGAUGGAGCUUCGGCAUUAUUAGUGGCUGGUGAAGAGGCUGUUUCGAAAUAUGGUCUUAAGCCGUUGGCUCGAGUUGUGGCUUGGAAAGCAGUGGGUGUUGAUCCAAACAUGAUGGGUAUUGGACCUGCACCUGCAAUUCGAUCUGUCCUCAAGAAAUCCGGACUUACACUGCAAGAUAUCGAUCUCAUCGAGGUGAAUGAAGCGUUUGCACCGCAAGCACUGGCUGUUCAACGAGAACUGGAUUUGGAUGAGAAGAAGCUGAAUGUGAGCGGAGGUGCGAUAUCAUUGGGACAUCCGUUGGCUGCAUCCGGCGCCAGAAUCUCAACGCAUCUCAUUCAUGAAAUGAAACGACGUUCGGUGAAAUAUUCAAUCGGAUCAGCGUGUAUUGGAGGUGGCCAAGGGAUAGCGAUUCUUUUCGAGAACAUUGAUUAAGAAGCUGAUGAUCGAAAUAUUUUUAAAAAAAAAGAGCGAUCUUCGGGCAAAUGAUAUCCACUGUUCAUUCAAUAAUGCAAUUUCAUUAUCGAAUUUAUUCAUAUAUCAUUCUUUUAAUCGCUUUUAUUUGACAUCGCUCUGCACAGAUUCAAUCGUCAUUAUAGCGCUUAAAAUUCAGUUUGAUGGAAUUUAUGAAGCGAUUUAACCAUUCAUUAAUUUAUUAUAUCAUUUGCUGUGUUUAUUUAUUCGUUCAUCUAUUGUAUGGAAUGAUUUCGUUGAUGUGCUUCGUGGUAUACAUACACAAUGAAAU